AUGGCAUUUACACAACUUUUUGUCUGCGUUGUGACCAUGGCAAAUGGUGCUGAUAGCAGUAAAGAGCAGAGAGAACAAGCAGGACUGAGGGUGAUUUCUGAAGAACUACUUGUCACAACAGAAAAUCUCAACUUCAGCCUCAAUGUGUUCACUUCCCUUCAGAAUUCAUCCUUCUCCGAGCUGAAGUCUCUUCUCUGCUUAGAUUGCUCAAGAUGUUAGGUCAGCUGGGUGUAUGACAAUGCCUUUGAGAGUAACAAGCAGCUGCAGAUAAUUGUGCCUCAUCUUUCUGACACAGCAGUCACUGGCCCAUGGUCCCUGAAGCAGCUUAUCUUAAUGCAGACAGGAAUAAUCAGUAUAUCCUUUAUUCCAAUGACAGAUCUGGACAGCUUGGAUACUCUCAUCUUGGGCAGCAACCCUCCCUAUUUUCCUACUCAAUACCUCAAAUGCCUUGGCUUUCAAAUGAACAACAGAAUAAAAAUCACAGCAGGAGAUGUCUGCAUUCUGCAGAAGACCAGCAAUAUAAAUCUCAUCUUCAAAGGCGACGACAUCAUAUACAUUAAACCUGGAGCUUUCCAGUCCCAUUUCUACAGUUCAGGCUUUGGGGGCUGUGCUGACAUCCUUGGGGUCCUGGCAGGUAUACAGAACUCCACAGCUCAGACUCUUUGGCUAGGAACAUCUCAUGGUGUGGAAAAGGAGCCCUGCAUAAGUCCAAAUAUUUUACAAGGCCUCUGUAAUAUCUCUGUCAACAAUCUCUACCUGCAGCUACAGCACUUCAAAUACCUAAACAUAGAUGUGUUUCAGUGCUUGACCAGGCUCUGAAAGAUGGUCCUAACUCAAACCCACACCAGUGCAAUGCCCCCUAGUAUCAGUGGCAUGAGCUCUCUAGCAGAGUUAGAUCUCAGUGCAAACUCCUUUGAACACCACCGAGACAUCAGCUCUGCUGCUUUCCCCUCUCUCACCCACCUCCGCAUCAAGGGGAAGACACGGUUCCUGCAGCUGGGCCCUGGCUGCUUAGAGAAACCGGCAGAGCUUCAACAUCUUGGUUCAAUCAAGAGCCAUACUGAAAGCUUUGACUGUUGUAAGGAAGCACACAGUUUGAGCAGCCUUUAGUACCUGAAUCUGAGCCACAACAUAAAGCUCCACCUCCAAGAUGUGCUCAUUAAGAUCAGCGCUAACCUGGAGCUACUGGAUGUAGCUGUCACUCCUCUUCACAGGGCCCUUGCUGAAAACCCGUUCCAGGCUCUCACCAUGCUCAUGGUGAAGAACUUCUCCUCCUCCCACAUUAACACUAGCAUUCAGCAUCUCUUUCAAGGUCUGGAAAACUUCAUGCACUUGGACCUUAGUCAAAAUAACUUUGAGUCAGGGAUCAUGCCAAAGAACAAACUGUUCAAACAGCUAUCCAAUUUAGAGGUGCUAAUUUUAUCACCCUGUGAACUGACAGCACUAGGCAACCAAGCAUUCCACAGCCUCACGAAGUUACAGCAUGUUGAUCUGAGCCACAAAACUGUAUUGAGCACAGAUGCAUUUCCAAGCCCCAAGAACAUCUAUCUGAGUUUUGCCCACAACAGGACCUGUAAUGUAUCAGGUGACAAAUUAGCAUCCCUAGCUGGCCACUUUAUAAUCAACUUAAGUUACAACCCUCUGGAGUACAUCUGCUCAUAAAGUGGUUUAAUCACCUGCUAACAGAAUCUGGAUAAAAUAGAAGACUCCAAAGGAGCAAGAUGCUUUGAAACCAAACUGCUUGCUGGGGCUCAGCUGGCCAUCAUCUCACUCUUCCGUGGGUUCAACACAGCAGGAAUCAUUGCAGCAGACCUGGAGGUUUUACCCUGUGGUGCCAUCUUUGUUUGGGGUGCUCACUAUUACAAGUGAAACUACCAGCGAAUAUAA